UGCUCCCUCCUUCUCCCGGUGCGGUAGCCCCUGGUCCUCCCCUGCUCCGGUUGCCCCGCGCGGACCCCGCCUCGCCCGGUGCCGCCAUGUCCGCGGAGCAGGUGAGCAGCCUGUGCGAGCAGCUGGUGAAGGCGGUGACGGUGAUCAUGGACCCGGCCUCCACCCAGCGCUACCGCCUGGAGGCGCUCAAGUUCUGCGAGGAGUUUAAAGAGAAGUGUCCCAUCUGUGUCCCCUGUGGUCUGAAGCUGGCAGAGAAAACCCAGACAGCCAUUGUCAGGCACUUUGGUCUUCAGAUCUUGGAGCAUGUGGUCAAGUUUCGCUGGAACAGCAUGCCUCGCCUCGAGAAGGUCUAUCUGAAGAACAACGUCAUGGGGCUCAUAUCCAAUGGAACACAGAAUAUUUUAGAGGAGGAAAGUCACAUUAAGGAUGUCCUGUCUCGCAUUGUGGUGGAGAUGAUCAAGCGUGAAUGGCCUCAGCACUGGCCUGAUAUGCUGAAGGAGCUGGACACACUUUCCAAACAAGGGGAGACACAGACAGAACUGGUGAUGUUCAUCCUCCUGCGUCUGGCAGAGGACGUGGUGACCUUCCAGACGCUGCCCACCCAGCGGCGACGGGACAUCCAACAAACUCUUACCCAGAACAUGGAGAAGAUCUUCAGCUUCCUGCUCACUACCCUGCAGCAGAACGUCAACAAGUAUAGGCGCAUGGUGGGAGCGCCCCAGGAGCGAGAUGCACUUACCACUCCACAGAAGACUGACCUGGCUCAGGAACCAAAGGCCCAGGCAAACUGCCGCGUUGGGAUAGCAGCACUGAACACCCUGGCAGGCUACAUUGACUGGGUGGCCAUGAGCCACAUCACAGCAGAUAACUGCAAGCUCCUGGAGAUGCUGUGCUUGCUCCUGAAUGAACCCGAGCUACAAGUGGGAGCAGCAGAGUGUCUUCUGAUCGCUGUCAGCAGGAAAGGGAAGCUGGAGGAUCGGAAGCCCCUUAUGGUCUUGUUUGGAGAUGUUGCCAUGCACUACAUACUUUCUGCUGCGCAGACAGCAGAUGGUGAAGGCCUGGUAGAGAAGCAUUAUGUUUUCUUGAAGAGACUUUGCCAGGUCUUGUGUGCUUUGGGCAGUCAGCUGUGUGCAUUAGUGGGCUCGGAUUCUGACGUGGACACACCAGCCAACCUUGGGAAAUACCUGGACUCGUUUCUAGCUUUCACAACCCAUCCCAGCCAGUUUCUGCGCUCUUCCACUCAGAUCACCUGGGGAGCCCUCUUUCGACAUGAAAUCCUAUCCCGUGACCCUCUGCUGUUGGCUAUGAUCCCAAAGUACCUUCGUGCAUCUAUGACUAACCUAGUGAAGGUGGGCUUCCCCUCUAAAACAGACAGCCCUAGUUGUGAAUACUCUCGCUUUGACUUCGACAGUGAUGAGGACUUCAAUGCCUUCUUCAACUCUUUCCGUGCCCAGCAGGGAGAAGUCAUGAGGAUGGCGUGUCGCCUGGACCCAAGGACUGGCUUCCAGAUGGCUGGGGAGUGGCUGAAGUACCAGCUGGCAGCUGCUGUUGAUAUUGGACCCAUGAACUCUAAGACUGGGGAAGGUCUCUGCUCCAUCUUCUCUCCUUCCUUUGUACAGUGGGAUGCUAUGACCUUCUUCUCGGAGAGUGUCAUCAGCCAGAUGUUCCGGACCCUGGAUAAGGAAGAGAUCCCAGUGAAUGAUGGCAUAGAGCUGCUGCAGCUUGUCCUGAACUUUGAAACAAAGGAUCCUCUCAUCUUGUCCUGUGUGCUCACCAAUGUCUCUGCACUCUUCCCGUUUGUCACCUACAGGCCAGAGUAUCUACCCCAAGUCCUCUCCAAGCUAUUCACCGCCGUCACUUUUGAAGUUAUAGAAGAGAGUAAGGCCCCAAGAACUCGUGCAGUGAAGAAUGUGAGAAGACAUGCAUGCUCCUCGAUCAUAAAGAUGUGUCGGGACUACCCUCAGCUUGUCCUACCUAACUUUGAGAUGCUGUAUAACCACGUGAAGCAGCUGCUGUCCAAUGAGCUGCUCCUGACACAGAUGGAGAAGUGCGCUCUCAUGGAGGCCCUGGUCCUCAUCAGCAACCAGUUCAAGGACUACCAGCGGCAGAAGGUUUUCCUGGAGGAGCUCAUGUCUCCUGUUGCCAACCUGUGGCUCUCUGAAGAGAUGCAGAGAGUCCUAUCAGAUCCUGAAGCUUUCAUCUCCUACGUGGGUGCUGACAACAAAAUCGCUGAUCCCGUCUUAGAAGAUCCCAGUGGCCUGAACCGCUCCAGAAUAAGCUUUUGCGUGUACACCAUUCUGGGAGUUGUGAAACGGGCUCGUUGGCCCACUACCCUGGAAGAGGCUAAGGCCGGAGGAUUUGUGAUCGGGUGCAUGCCCAGCGGCAAUCCGAUCUACCGUAACCCCUGCACUGAGCAGGUCCUGAAACUUCUCGACAACUUGCUCGCUCUCAUAAGGACCCACAACAAUCUCUACAUGCCAGAGAUGGUGGCUAAGCUGGGGGAAACAUUUGCAAAGGCUUUAGAUAUGCUGGAAGUGGAGAAGAAUGCCAUCCUAGGCCUCCCUCAGCCUCUCCUGGAGCUUUAUGACUCUCCUGUUUACAAAACCAUCUUAGAAAGGAUGCAGGGCUUCUUCUGUACCCUCUAUGACAAUUGUUUCCACAUCCUGGGUAAUGCUGGCCCAUCAAUGCAGCAAGACUUCUACACUGUUGACGGCCUCGCCAGCCAGUUCCUCAAUUCAGCUUUUGUUAACCUCAACAAUAUUCCCGACUACAGGCUACGCCCCAUGCUUCGUGUGUUUGUGAAGCCCUUGGUUCUCUCCUGCCCCUCGGACCACUACGAAACCCUUCUCUGUCCCAUGCUCGGCCCGCUCUUCACCUAUCUACACGUGAGACUGUCCCAGAAAUGGCAGGUCAUCAGCCAGCGGAGCAUACUUUGCGAGGAGGACACAGCAGAUGACAACCCUGAGUCCCAGGAGAUGCUUGAGGAGCAGCUGGUCAGGUUGCUGACCCGGGAAGUCAUGGAUCUUAUCACUGUUUGCUGUGUUUCAAAGAAAGGCGCUGCUGAGCAUAACAGCUCUGCUGUUGCAGAUGGAGACGAUGAUGAGAUGAUGUCCACAGACGUGACCCCACCUUCCAGUGCAGAGCUAACUGAGCUGGGCAAGAGUUUGAUGAAGCAGGAGGAUGUCUGCACUGCUCUUCUGAUCACGGCCUACAGAUCCCUCUCCUGGAAGGACACCCUGUCCUGCCAAAGAACCACCACGCAGCUUUGCUGGCCAUUGCUCAAACAGGUGCUCACAGGGAGUCUGCUCCCUGACGCAGUGACCUGGUUCUUCACCGGCGUGCUGAAAGGGUUGCAGACACACGGACAGCAUGAUGGCUGCAUGGCAGCUCUCGUCCACCUGGCUUUCCAGAUCUAUGAGGCUUUGCGCCCCCGCUAUGCUGAGCUGAAGGCAGUGAUGGAACAGAUCCCAGAAAUCCAGAAGGAAUCGUUGGAGCAGUUUGACUCCAAGCUUCUAAACCCAACUCUGCUGAAAGUGGCAGACAAGCGCCGGAAGGACAAUUUCAAACGCCUCAUUGCAGGCUGCAUCGGGAAGCCUCUGGGAGAACAGUUCCGCAAAGAGGUUCACAUCCGGAACCUCCCAUCUCUCUUCAAAAAGGUGAAGCCGUCACUGGAGACAGACGUACUGGAGAACAACGAGGAUGGAGAAGGCCUCACUGCGCUCUUUGAGCCCUGAGCUGGGGCACGUCAGCCACCCCCACCCCCAC